AGCGAACUGACGACACCUGUGGACCCGAGCGCCGAGCAGCGGGAUUAUAACUGCGAAUGAGGUGGACAUAUCGUCUGUAGGACUGCGUGUUUAACGUAAAAACCACUUUUCUGCGCCGUUCCGAGAUCCAAGGAGGACGGAGGGUUCUACUCCGUGUUGUGGAUGUGCUUUGCUCCGCGGCUAGCGGCGUUAGCCUCACAUUUGGGCUCAAAUCCAAACAUUUCUCCACAUUUCGACUGCUUUUCGUCUUCUUUGAGGAAACAACUGAACCUGCGAUCCGAGCGACGUUCCCAUCAUGGCUGAUAGUGGCCCGGCGACACUGGUGGACUCGUCGGUCUACGAUUCCCGGACCCUGGAGACCACCAGGGACCAGGAGAUCCUGGACCUGGUGGACGAUGGCAGCGAAGAAGAUGUGCUUCCUAAAGUGGAGACCCGGGUGGUUCUGGUGGGAGCCACGUCCCGGAACCCAGUGCUGGUCAAAGCUGCACAGGCCGUCAAAGUGAUGGUGGUCCCGGUGGUGAAGAUCAGGAAGGGUGAAGCGGCGGACGAGGAGAACGCCAUCAUCAAGUCUAUAGUCCGCAUGGACAUCAGAACUCCCGUUCUCGCCACGGACGCCGUGAGGGAGCUGGCGGACAGCGAGAGCUCCCGCUUCGAGACGGUGUACGUCCUCCCAGACUUCGACUCGGACGACUACAGCUACCUCUACGAGCGGGAGUGCCGCCUCGUGGGCCCCCCCGUGGUGCUGGACUGCGCCGCCAAGGGCUUGCCCCUCCAGUUCUCGUCCCGGCCUCUGUACUGCGUCACCAUGCUGAACCUGUCGCUGUGCUUCACCGGCUUCAGGGACAAAGAGGAAGUGAAGCGCCUGGUGAAACUGGUGCACCACAUGGGUGGAACUAUCCGGAAGGAUUUCACCUCUAAGGUCACGCAUCUCAUCGCGCACUCCACCCACGGAGAGAAGUACAGGCUGGCCAUGUGCAUGGGGACCCCCAUCCUGACCCCGUCCUGGAUCCAUCAGGCCUGGAAGAGACGAGACGAUGUGCAUUUCCACGCAGACGAGGAGCAGUUCCGAACGGAGUUCAAAGUUCCCCCGUUCCAGGACUGCGUCAUCAGUUUUCUGGGGUUCUCCGAGGAAGAAAAGGCCAGCAUGGAGAUGAGAACCCUGGAACACGGCGGGGCGUUCUGUUCAGUGGAGGACGAGAACCAGACCCACGUGGUGGUGGGGGAGAACUCAGUGAAGGAGCUGCCGUUCUCACCCCUGAGCAAAGUGUUUGUGGUCAAGGAAGAGUGGUUCUGGGGGAGCAUUCAGAUGGACGCCCGGGCCGGAGAGUCCAUGUACCUGUUCGAGAAGAACCAGAGCCCCUGUGUGAAGGCGGCCGUGUCCCUCCUGUCCCUCGCCACGCCCAACGGCAACCGCAAGCGCCGCCGCCUGAAGGACUCGCUCUCCCAGUUCACCAAGGAGACGGAGCCGUCGCCGUUCUCGCCGCCCCGCAAGCGUCCCUCGGCCGAGCGCUUCCUGUCUAUCAGCUCCCUGCUGGACAUCUCCAACACGCCUGAGUCCUGCAAGGCCCCGUCAGGAGACGGCGCCAAGUCGGCCAGGAGCUCCACCCCCGCUGUCCCCAAGCAGUCGGCCCGGUGGCAGGUCUGCAGGGAGCUGUACGAGACCGAGGGCAACUAUGUGGACAUCCUGAGCACCAUCCUGAAGCUGUUCAAGCUGCCUCUGGAGAAGGAGGGGCUUGUCGGAGGACCCAUCCUGGCCCAGGAGGAAAUCAAGACCAUAUUUGGAAGCAUCCCAGACAUUUACAACGUGCACCUGAAGGUCAAGGGCGACCUGGAGGAUCUCCUCACAGACUGGUCAGAGGCCAAGAGCGUCGGGAAUGUCUUCCUCAAAUACUCCAAGGAGCUGAUAAAGGCGUACCGUCCGUUCAUCAACUUCUUCGAGAUGAGCACCAACACCAUCGCGCAGUGUGAGAAGCAGAAGCCCCGCUUCCACGCGUUCCUCAAGAUCAACCAGGCCAAGCCGGAGUGCGGCCGCCAGACGCUGGCUGAGCUGCUCAUCCGGCCGGUUCAGCGCCUGCCAAGCGUGGGCCUGCUUCUGAACGACAUAAAGAAGCACACGCCGGACGGCAACCCAGAUAAGGAGACGCUGGAGAAAGCCAUCGAGUGUCUGAAGGAAGUCAUGACACACAUCAAUGAGGACAAGAGGAAGACCGAAGGCCAGAAGCAGAUCUUUGACGUUGUUUAUGAAGUGGAUGGCUGUCCUGCCAAUCUGCUGUCAUCCCACCGCAGCCUGAUUUCCCGAGUGAGAACCAUCGCCCUGGGAAACCAGCCGUGCGACCGCGGAGAACACGUCACCCUCUUCCUCUUCAACGACUGCAUGGAGAUGGCCAGGAAGAGACACAAGGGGAUCAACUCGUUCAAGAGUCCGGUGGGACAGACCAGGCCGCCGCCGCAGCUGAAGCACAUCGCGCUCAUGCCGCUGUCCCAGAUCCGGAUCGUGCUGGACCUGCAUGACACCGAAGACUGCAGCAACGCCUUCGCCCUGGUGGUCUACCCCCCCACCGAGCAGGAGAACCUGCUGUUCAGCUUCCAGCUGGCGGAGGAGGAGGUGGACAAAGGGACCUGGCUGCGGACGCUCUGCCGCCACAUGGCCAACACCAUCUGCAGGGCCGACGCGGAGAGCCUGAUCCAGAGCACGGACCCGGACUCCCUGCAGGUCAGCACCAAGGACAUGGAAAGCACGCUGAGCAAGGCCUCCAGAGCCAUCAAGAAGACCUCCAAGAAGGUCACCAGAGCGUUCUCCUUCUCCAAGACGCCGAAGCGUGUCCUGCAGAGGGCGCUGGUGGCCGGCGGCACGCCGGACGACAAGGACGACCAGCACACCUACGAGGUCCAAUCCAGCUCCUCCCUGAACGUGCACCACUCCCCGUCCACGCUCAGCCUGUCCUCCAUGUUUGAGAGGAAGUACCACACCUUCAGCCGCUCCAGCACCCACCUCUUCUGACGACCGACGUUCUGCCUCCUUUAAAAAAAAAAAAAAAAA